AUGGAAGGUGGCAGAUGCCUGUCUGACUAUGUGGAAGUCUAUGAUGGGCCACUCUAUACCUCUCCUCUUCUUGGGAAAUUUUGUUCUGGUUCUUUUCGCACAUACACAUCUUCCUCAAACCUGCUGACUGUGCGAUUUUACACACUGUCGUGUUUGCCAGACUACAUGCAUGUAGUUGUGAGCAGAUACUACCUUCAGUCACAAGGCUACUCUGCUUGGAAUCUCUCCUUGAAUGAUCCCUAUUGCAAACCCAACAUUACAUCAGAGUAUGUUAUAUUCGACAUACCAUACACUAGCUGCGGCACAGUGAGAGAGGGAAACAACAAUACAAUAAUCUAUUCCAACCUUAUUAGAGGAUCCUCUUCUGGUACUGUAAUCACAAGAAAUAGAAAUCUUCACUUGCAUAUCAACUGCAAAAUGCUCCAGAACACAUGGGCACAAAUAAUGUAUGUUGCGGAGGACAAUUUUCAAGUCAAUGAAACUCAGUAUGGCAGAUACGACGUAAACCUUACAUUUUAUCAUUCUGCAUCCUUCUCACGGCCGGUGACUGACUCACCAUACUACGUUGAUAUCAACCAGGAUUUGUUCAUUGAAGCUUACCUGCACAGCUCUGAUUCAAACCUGGUGUUGUUCGUGGACACUUGUGUGGCAUCUCCCACUCCCUACAAUUUUACGACAGUAACUUAUGAUAUAAUCAGGAACGGGUGUGUUCAAGAUUCUACCUAUGCUACCUAUUAUUCACCCUACAGACACAUAGUCCGGUUUACAUUCAACGCCUUCCAGUUUAUUCGUAACAAUCCAUUGGUUUACCUGCAGUGUGAACUAGUGGUGUGUAGGGCCUAUGACUAUUCUUCCAGAUGCUACCAAGGUUGUAUUACCAGGUCCAAGAGAGAGGCAAGCUCUGGCCAAGAAAGGGUGACUGUUGUUGCUGGCCCAGUACAGCUUCUGGAAGCUG